AUCGGUGGACGAAUCGUGGUCCUGGCGCAUUUUCAGUAAUUGGUGAUUGGAGAUCUCCGAAUAUUACUCUGAUUAUUGGUUACCGUGUUUUUAAUAACUUUGGUCGCGGCUAAUGUUUUUAUUUAGUGAUCCAAAACAUUAGAAUUAGAGUAAAAUAAAGAAUAUUGUGAUUCCGAGGUCGUAGGUUCGCCGCUUGUAAUACAAGAUGUCGGUAUGCUUCUUUGUGCCAGCUGAUCAAGCAGGGACCUCGGCGGGGUCAGACGAAAAUGACCUCGAAUCCAUGGAAGACAACUCGCCAACGGAGAACAUCCACAACACUCUGCAGGCCUUCUGGCUUAAGGUGAACGAAGAUAUGAAGAAGAUAUCAUCGGAGGAUUUCAAAACCCAAGUGCUACCACUAGCACGCAUCAAGAAGAUAAUGAAGCUCGACGAGGAAGUCAAGAUGAUAUCCGCGGAGGCGCCAGUACUCUUUGCGAAAGCCGCUGAGAUUUUCAUUCACGAGCUGACUUUGCGGUCUUGGUCGCACACCGAAGACAACAAGAGAAGGACCCUCCAGCGCAACGACAUAGCAAUGGCGAUAUCGAAAUCGGACCAGUUCGACUUUCUGAUCGACAUCGUACCCCGACACGAGGUGAAGCCCAGCAAGCCGCGAGAUGACCACCCGACCCGGAGUUCAUCGUCUGCAGACCACAUCCCGCAGCAGCAUCAGGUGACACAUGCCAAUCAGCAGCAGUUCAUUGUUCAGCCGUGCACGCAAAUCGUACAGCAAUCCGUACAGUCGCCGAGCCCUUCCUCAAGCAGUUCGUCGAGUCAGCAGAACUUAAUUGUUCAACAAGUGGUGUCGUCAGCAGACAUGCCGCCCUUGACUCAAACACGACCAACAGCCGUGAGCGCUGGACAGCAACCGGUCACGCUGGUCCAACAAAUAGUCAGCCCGUCCGGAGAAGUGCAAAAUGUGCCUAUCCAACUGACCCAAACUCAGUUGAACAUGAUCCGUCUCCAAGUGCAGAACCACCCGAACCAGCCCAUCAUCAUACAAGCGCAGCCGCAACAGCCGAGCACACCGCAGAUCAUACAGGUGUCAUCCCAAGCACCGCACCAGCCUCACCAGAUAUUCCUAGCGCAAGUGUCCGGCCAAGAGGAGAGCUAGUGUGAAUUGAAACGCGAGGUGGAAAGUGAGCGAUCACCUUAAAGACAAAGUGUUAUGUGAUAUUGACAAGAAAAUGUGUGUUUUUUCUAAGCGUUGUAAUACUAAGGGUUUUUAACUUAAGCGAAAUUGGACACCCAUGCUUCUUUACUAUUAAUAUACAUUCGACAGUGUGCAUGUCUGUUUGUUAUGAUCGGCUCUAACACUGAACCGAUCUUGAUGACAUUUUAACAAAUAUAUAGGUACAGAAGAUUGACAGAGGUUAUGUGACUCCAUGUUAAGUAGUCGGUGAUUACGUAUCUAAAUCUUUCAAUCUUUGCUGACAAACGAGUAACGACACUUGUAUUUUUUGUGUAUGCAAAAGUGACGUUUGACAUCAAAGAUUGACGGAUUUACUACGCCGUUCUCAAGCCUUUUGUGAGAUAUCUGAGCACCCUGCCGAGAUGUUUUUUAUAUAUUAUUUUAACCCAGUACUGGAUAGGGUUGGGUUGUACAGUUCUUGUAACCGAACUAGGUAGGGUAUCGCCCACAGUGAAAUGUCACUGAACAUUUGUCGUCCAUAUAUUAUAUAGGAGACAAGUUAUAUAUAAUUGAGUUAUAGUUAUUACUCGUAUAUAAUGUCAAGUUCGAGUGAGCUUGAGUUAUAAGUUAUAGUCUCGCAAUCGCGAAGACGUUUCCCAGUAUCGAAAAAAACUAUAACGU